UGCCGUUGCCGCAGUGACGGGGGCCGGGGCGGAGGAGGGCGAAGAUGGCGGCGCCGCUGCGUCGCUCUCAGCACCACCACCACCAUCACCCGCCGCCCGGGCCGGCCUCGCCGCCAGCCGCCGCCUCGCCGCCGCGCAGUCCCAGCCUGGCACCGGCCGACCUCGCCCCCGCCGCGCAGCGCCACAGCCUGGCCGGUCCCGAAGGCGAGGCUCCUCCCGACGCGGAGCGGCCUCCGGCCCCGGAGUGCUCGGAGGGUGCGGGCACCACCGCCCCGGGCCCGCCGCCGGGCUCGGGCAGCAGCUCCAGCAGUUCCUCCUCGUCCUCCUCCUCGUCUGCAUCGUCGUCGGUCGCAUCGAGCCCGGCAGCGGAGAGUCCCGAGGCGGCGGGCCCGGGCGCGGCGAGCGGGGCCUUCCGCGAGCUGCUGGAGGCCUGCCGCAAUGGGGACGUGACGCGCGUGAAGCGCCUGGUGGACACGGGCAACGUGAACGCCAAGGACAUGGCGGGCCGCAAGUCCACGCCGCUCCACUUCGCCGCCGGUUUUGGAAGGAAGGAUGUUGUAGAGCACUUGCUACAGACAGGAGCCAAUGUUCAUGCUCGUGAUGACGGAGGGCUGAUACCUCUUCACAACGCCUGCUCCUUUGGUCAUGCUGAAGUGGUUAGUCUGUUACUGUGUCAAGGGGCAGACCCAAAUGCUAGAGACAACUGGAACUACACUCCUUUGCAUGAAGCUGCUAUCAAGGGGAAGAUAGAUGUGUGUAUUGUGCUGCUGCAGCACGGAGCUGAUCCAAACAUUCGGAACACCGAUGGGAAAUCUGCGCUGGAUCUGGCAGACCCUUCAGCAAAAGCUGUACUCACGGGUGAAUACAAGAAGGACGAACUCCUGGAAGCUGCUAGGAGCGGUAAUGAAGAAAAACUAAUGGCUUUAUUGACUCCUUUAAAUGUGAACUGCCAUGCAAGUGAUGGGCGUAAGUCCACUCCUUUACACCUGGCAGCAGGCUACAACAGAGUUCGAAUAGUCCAGCUUUUGCUUCAGCAUGGUGCAGAUGUUCACGCAAAGGACAAAGGUGGUCUUGUGCCUCUUCAUAAUGCAUGUUCAUAUGGACACUAUGAGGUUACAGAGCUGCUGCUUAAGCAUGGUGCCUGUGUGAAUGCCAUGGACCUCUGGCAAUUUACCCCCUUGCAUGAGGCUGCUUCCAAGAACCGUGUAGAGGUCUGCUCCCUCCUGCUGAGUCACGGUGCAGAUCCCACAUUAGUCAACUGCCACGGCAAGAGCGCGGUCGAUAUGGCUCCAACACCUGAGCUAAGGGAGAGGCUGACCUAUGAAUUCAAAGGACACUCUUUACUGCAAGCAGCCAGAGAGGCAGACCUAGCCAAAGUGAAAAAGACACUUGCUUUGGAGAUCAUUAAUUUUAAGCAACCACAGUCGCAUGAGACUGCACUGCACUGUGCUGUGGCCGCUGUGCAUCCCAAGCGGAAGCAAGUUACAGAACUAUUGCUCAGGAAAGGAGCAAAUGUUAAUGAGAAAAACAAAGAUUUCAUGACACCUUUACAUGUUGCAGCUGAAAAAGCUCAUAAUGAUGUCAUGGAAGUUCUGCAUAAACAUGGAGCAAAGAUGAAUGCACUGGACACACUUGGUCAAACAGCGUUGCACAGGGCUGCGUUAGCAGGUCACCUGCAAACCUGCCGGCUCUUGCUGAACUACGGCUCUGAUCCCUCCAUCAUCUCUUUACAAGGCUUCACAGCAGCACAAAUGGGAAAUGAAGCAGUGCAACAGAUUCUAAGUGAAAGUACACCUGUGCGUACAUCUGAUGUGGAUUAUCGGUUGUUAGAAGCAUCCAAAGCUGGAGACUUGGAAACUGUGAAGCAACUUUGCAGCCCUCAGAAUGUGAAUUGUAGAGAUUUGGAAGGCCGCCAUUCAACGCCAUUGCACUUUGCUGCAGGAUAUAACCGCGUAUCAGUGGUGGAGUAUCUGUUGCACCAUGGGGCAGAUGUGCAUGCCAAAGACAAAGGUGGCUUAGUACCCCUGCACAAUGCCUGUUCUUAUGGACACUACGAAGUGGCUGAACUCUUAGUGAGGCACGGUGCUUCUGUCAACGUGGCAGACCUGUGGAAAUUCACUCCUCUACAUGAAGCAGCAGCAAAAGGAAAAUAUGAAAUCUGCAAGCUGCUUUUAAAACAUGGAGCUGAUCCAACAAAAAAGAAUCGAGAUGGGAACACUCCUCUAGAUUUGGUGAAAGAAGGAGACACAGAUAUUCAGGACUUACUGCGUGGAGAUGCUGCCUUGCUAGAUGCUGCCAAGAAGGGGUGCCUGGCACGAGUGCAGAAGCUAUGUACUCAAGAAAAUAUCAAUUGCAGAGACACCCAGGGAAGAAAUUCAACACCACUACAUCUUGCAGCUGGUUACAACAAUUUGGAAGUAGCUGAAUACCUUCUUGAGCAUGGUGCUGAUGUUAACGCCCAGGACAAAGGAGGAUUAAUCCCCCUACACAAUGCAGCAUCCUAUGGGCACGUGGAUAUAGCAGCCCUGUUGAUCAAAUACAAUACAUGCGUAAAUGCAACAGAUAAAUGGGCAUUCACACCAUUGCACGAAGCUGCACAAAAAGGAAGGACGCAGCUCUGCGCUCUGCUGUUAGCUCAUGGAGCAGAUCCAACCAUGAAGAAUCAAGAGGGUCAGACGCCACUAGACCUGGCAACAGCUGAUGAUAUCCGAGCUUUGCUGAUAGAUGCGAUGCCUCCAGAAGCUUUGCCUACAUGCUUUAAGCCUCAAGCCACUGUUGUUAGUGCCUCCCUGAUCUCACCAGCGUCUACACCGUCCUGCCUCUCCGCUGCCAGCAGUAUAGAUAACCUCACUGGGCCACUGGCAGAACUAGCCGUAGGAGGGGCAUCAAAUGCUGGUGAUGGAGCAGCAGGGACUGAAAGGAAGGAAGGAGAAGUUUCUGGUCUUGACAUGAACAUUACACAGUUCCUAAAAAGCCUGGGUCUUGAACACCUUCGGGACAUCUUUGAGACAGAACAGAUAACCCUGGAUGUGUUGGCAGACAUGGGGCAUGAGGAGCUUAAAGAAAUUGGGAUCAAUGCAUAUGGACACCGCCACAAAUUAAUAAAAGGUGUGGAGAGACUUCUAGGAGGGCAGCAAGGCACCAAUCCUUAUUUGACUUUCCACUGUGUGAGUCAGGGGACCAUUCUCCUUGACCUUGCUCCUGACGAUAAGGAGUAUCAGUCCGUGGAAGAGGAGAUGCAAAGUACAAUCCGGGAACAUCGGGAUGGUGGAAAUGCUGGUGGGAUCUUCAACAGGUACAAUGUCAUCAGAAUUCAAAAGGUCGUAAACAAGAAGUUGCGGGAGAGAUUCUGUCACAGACAGAAGGAGGUCUCAGAGGAGAAUCAUAAUCAUCACAAUGAACGCAUGUUGUUUCAUGGGUCUCCUUUUAUUAAUGCUAUAAUUCACAAAGGAUUUGAUGAAAGGCAUGCAUACAUUGGAGGAAUGUUUGGAGCUGGAAUUUACUUUGCCGAGAACUCCUCAAAAAGCAACCAGUAUGUGUAUGGGAUAGGGGGAGGAACAGGCUGUCCCACGCACAAAGACAGGUCCUGUUACAUCUGCCACAGACAAAUGCUCUUCUGUAGAGUGACCCUUGGAAAAUCCUUUCUUCAGUUCAGCACAAUGAAAAUGGCUCAUGCCCCUCCAGGGCACCAUUCUGUUAUUGGCAGGCCAAGCGUGAAUGGGCUUGCAUACGCUGAAUACGUUAUCUAUAGAGGAGAACAGGCGUACCCGGAAUAUCUCAUUACAUACCAGAUUGUGAAACCAGAAGCUCCCUCACAGACAGCAACAGCAGCAGAGCAAAAGACCUAGUAGCUACAGAGCAGUGAAGAAGGAUGUGACUUCAAUCUUGGACUGGAUGGAUACGUGUUUCAGAAAAUCAGUAUCAUAUAAAAUCCUUAACAACCUGGAAAUAAGCUGUAUGUCUUUUAUAAAGCAUUGCUGUCCUGAUGAAUAUGAUAUGAGUAACUCUUGCAUACUCAACUGCUACUGUUCCUUUUGAGGAAAGUUUACAAGGGACUGCCUUUUAAUAACAUAUCUCAGGCUCCUAGUCUCUGCAGUUACCACAUGUAAAAUAAUGUUGUUUUGAUCUAGACUUUGGGAACAUUGUUCAAAUGGAAAUCUUUAUCAAUGCCAUCUCACAUGUUAAUUUCAGACACUACUAUUCUACUUAUUAUAUUUGCAGAUAAAUUGCAUUAAGGCCAUAAUUUUCUUUUCAGCAUACACCAUUUUAUGUUUUCAAGAGAUCCUAGUCAACUAUUUAUUUUCCUUUUGUAUUCUGAAGUUGAGCCGGAACCUUCUUAAAGAUAUUUUGCACAAAGUCAAUUUGACUAAAAUCAUUAACAAUGCAAUAUGAAUUUCAUCUGAGAAGGGGCUAGGUCCAGUUCUUCAAUAUAGGGGGUUUUUUUGCACACCUCUGAGCAAUCAAUAAUAUGAGUGAGUGUAGCUUUAGAGUGGAAGCAAAUUGCAUUGGUUCGCUGCUUUGUCUAAGUUUUCUGGGGGAAGCCCUAGGAAGCAUUCGCAAGGGUAAAACCAGUUCUUGUGCUUGGAAGAAGUUCAUAAAGCAGGUCAAUGCCCUCUGCUGGCAUCUCUAAAAGAACAUUUUAGAAGGGUGAAGUACAUGCAGUUUGUGAAAUGUUCUCCAGUUACAGUGGCGUAUGGUUUUGCUGGGAGAUAGCAGGUGAAAACUCAGAAGAUUGCAUACACGAGGGCGUAUCUAGUUCAUGUCUCUCUGUAAUAUGAGACCCAGUAAAUGGGUUUCAGACUGGUAAGGGAGAGUGUAUUAUAGCAGUUUCAUCUGUGACAUCACAGUUGAAGAGCUUAAGGGAUUUACAAAAAUAAUAAUUCUUUUAAAUAUCGAUUUUACAUUUUGAUGAGAAUGAACUUUUAAAACACGGGUUGGCAAGUGGAUUUGUUUGCAGGUAUACCAGAGAACAAAGCUAGGAUUUGUUCACUCUAAUCCCCUUCCCUGCAAGUUCCCAGGUUUAUUUCACUGGGUAUGAGAAAGUUAUUUUUAAGCAUUGCAUAGCACAGCAUCACACAGUUUCAGAAGUCGCCCUCAUGGAGGAUAUGUAUUUAACAAAAGUAGAAACAGAUUUCUUUUUUGUGUUGUUUUUACAACUUCAGAGAAGGUUGAAAAUCCAGCUGUGCUAAUUUUUUUCUUAACAGCCAAUACCGGGAGAUGUGCUUCAGUGUUGAGCAUGUAACAACUGGAGGAAAAAAUGCUCCUUUGAACACAUCACGCUGUACAUUUCCCUCUCAACCAGCACUAUUUAGUAUCUGAUGAUCCAGUUCAUGCAUUCAGGUUUUAUCCCCCUUAAAGGAAACAACAGAAUAGUGUGCUUUUAGUUUACAAAAAUAUACGUGCUCCCCGCAAGUGGGAUUUUGCUGACAUGUUUGGACAAAGCAAACUGAAACCUGAAGACCUUUUCACUUUCAGCAUUAAGACACAAAAUUUUCAUUUUUAACAUUAAGACAUUAAUGUUGAAGCAAGUUACCCUCACAGAGGAACUUCACCCACUGUAAAAUCAGUCAUUUGAUGCAAUCUGGCUACCUGCACAUCAUCUGUUUGUAAUAUCUCUAAAGAAAACCUUAGAAAUAGCAAUACUCCAACAGAUCUUGAACUUUGGGGUUUAUUUUUCUUGAGCUGGCAGUGGAUAUAUGGUUCUCGCUUCAUUUUGUGACCUGAUUAAAUAUGUAGCUUCGAUGUCCAAGCCAAGCUCUAGCCUAGUUGUCCUUUUAAUCAAAUUUCAUUGAUCAAAUUGGGUGCUUGUAUUUUGGCUACUUGUUUAAUAGUGUUAGGAUUGCAAAGAUCACCACUAGGCUUUGAAGCUUUGUAUUCAUCAUUUAAGUUUGGGGUUUGUUUUUAACUUAGUUAAUAAUGGGGUGGGCAGAUGUGCCUAUCUACGCUAGGGUUUCAGAUAGCGGUGAGAGUGAGUGUUGCUCACCAUCCCCAGUUAGACAUAGUGUUAAAUGGUAAAACAGUUGUGCUGCUUAGGUGAGCAAAAUGGUUAAUUGUCGGUGUGGAAGUCAAAAGCUUUACAUCUUUCAAAAACAAGAACAAACCUAAAAACAAGAACCCCACCAAGCCUGCACCAGAUUCUGUUCUUGUUUGUUGUUUCCUGUGUGCUGAUUGAACUAAUGGCUAGUCUGGAUUUCUUCUGCAGCCUUGAACUUCUAGAGGAUAAAAAUACUGUCCAGUAUCUUUGAACUGCCAGUGUUAACGUAUCUGAUGUUCCGUGCAGAGUAAAGGUGCUGUGUGAGGAAAUCAUUUUGCAGUGGUUUUUGUCUCGUAAUGAUGUGAUCUCAUAUCUGUUUGUGGCCAGACACACAGGAGUACCCAGGCCUGAUGAUGCAUCUGUGUGUCGUAGAACCUGUGCAGGAUCAGUGUCUGUCUCUCCUGGCGUAUGCUGUUGUAGCUCCUCUUACAGUUUAAAACAAAGUGAGGAUCUGCCCAUCAAUAUCAAAGUUACCCAUGAAAAAGCUGGCCAUGGUUUUGGUGAUAGAGCUGCAGCUGGUAGGUUGUUAACGGUACAGAUGCUGCUGCUUCAGCUGAGGAAGUUAACUUGAUGCCUCCUAAUUCUAGAGAAUGGGACCUUAAAUAUAACACGCCCCCAUAACCAGGCAGCCUCUGCCUCCUGAGAAAUGAAGUUUUUCAACUUCCUGAGAAGGGCGGUCCCCUGAUAAUGGGAUGCUUAUUUGCGGCAUUGGGUCACCAAUGGAGGCACGGUAAGAACCGAGGAUGCAAGAACACGCCGGGCUAAGCCAUCUCAUAGGUGUGGGAGCCUGGGCACCUCUCAGUGGCUCCAGAAAGAGCUAUUGAGCUGGGACAGAAUGUGGUGCCUGCUGGAGAAAGGGACGGUUGUCUCUCAGGCCUGUUGAUUUUUAUCCAUGUCCCUUUGAGGCAGCAUUUUGAAACGCCUGUGCAGUUUGCGACAGGACCUUAAUGGGCAAAACAGAAAGAAACUUCACCAUGUAGCAAAGAAAGGAGGGUUCUGCUCUCCAUUGCUGAAAUUGUUUCCGUGAGACAGAUUAAUUGGGUACCUGGUGCAGAGUGACAUUGCAGUCUGAAUGCUGUCAACAAAACUUCUGUUAGGAUUAAAAUCAGAGAGUACAGUACAUUAAUAAGGUGUAUCUUAUUUUCUCAUCCUCAUUUUUGUCUGCCGGUCUAUUUUGAUCCCAGCUCCACAGAGACUGUUACAAACCUCUUGUACUAAUUCCACCAUUUUGCACACUAUUGGUCUGUAGUCCAAGGAAUGAGCAAUGUGUUUUCUAAUCUCUGUUUUGAACAUUUGCAUGUGAUGCGAUUGAAUCCUGCUGCAUUAUGCAGCAGGAAUUUAUUUUGCCUGCAAACUUUUAUACUUUGCUUGUUGGUAACAGAAUACCCCAAAACAAAAUUCUCCACUGAAGCAAAAAGAAAGCCCUGCAAAAACAUUCUGUACUGCUGGCUUUGGUGGGCAGCAGACAGAGGAAAGGCAUGUGGUGUAUGGGAUGGAGUUGCUUCUGGAGAAGAGUGCUUCCUUGGCUCUGGAAAGCAGCUGAUCCUACUGUUUGUUGUGGGUUAGAGGAGAUGUCUGUUCCCCGUGAAUGCGUGAAGUGCUGAGGGAUGCUAAUGUGUCCUGGCCUGCAGGAACGACUUAAGACAGUGGCAAAUCUUCUCGAAAAAGACUCCAUCCCUGCAGCGAAGUCACAGCUCCUGCACAGUACAUGCACUACCUACAAUCUCCACGUGGGACUAUUAACAGAAAUUACCCAGAACAGAUUUUUCAAAAGAUGGGUAAAAGGAGGGGUCACAAAACGUAUUAGUUUGAGCGUUGCUAAUCAUUCUCAGAAGCUGAAGGUCAGGAAAUACGUGAAUUUAUUUUUAAUGGGAUUUCCUCCUUUCCAUGCUGCUUUGCCACAGAAAACCUAGCUCAGAAAUCUAAAAGGAGAUACACCGAAUGCAUGUUUCAGUCAUUUUAAGCUAUGCUGCAGCCCUGCUGGGGAAGACCUGGGAAAGUACAGGUUCCAUUCUUGCCACAGGUACCAAGUGGCUUGUGAACCUGCGUAGACUUGAAUCCAUUGAUCAGAGAUGAUGGCUUUGGUGCAGUCCAGAGCACGGUCCUUGUCUUUCAGAGAGCGGCAGUGUACCCACCUCGCUGAACGCACAGUAGAUGUGAUACCUGGAGGAUCGGGGGAAGCAUAUGUGUGUUAAAACUUCUGAAGCAAGGUGAAUGAGCCCAUGAAUCAGUAGGGAACACGAGAAAUGGAUGCAUUUCCCAUUACACUAACACAUAUGCCUGUCAGGUCAUAUUAGCUGACUGGUUUUGAUGUAUCUAUUUCUGUCUUACUGAACCUGUUGGUGGCAAAUUCUAGUGUUGGUUCCAUUAAUUACUAAUGUAGUUUGAUUAGAGUCUCUGUAUUACAAGAUAAUUUUGACACUUUGUUUUUAAUACCUGCAGAAACUUGCUUCAGCUUUGGAAAUUGAAAUGGGGAUUUUUCUGUGCCACAGUCCCAUAAGCUUGUGUAUCUCAUUCCUAAUUGCUUUCUCUGCUAACCCAAAUGGCGAUGGACCUGGGGGUUGAGUUUUUAGACCCUUUUUUUGUAGAACUUGUUUUCAUAACUAGCCCUGUACGUUUCCUCUCUUGGUUGCCAAUUACCUGGAGCUGGGAUAUAAUUUAUUUAUUUCCUCCUUUACCCUCUCUCUCAAAGAAGACGAUGGGCAGGUUCUCAGCCUACCUACAUGGUGGACUUUAGGUAACAUCUCUGUAACAACUGAGUUUGAUCUAUAAAUGUGCUUGGCUAAAUGUCUGAUCUGCAAUACUUGUAAUAGUUUAAAAUUCAAUAAAUACAUUUUUAACAGUUGCUCUGUGAAA